AUGGAGCAAAGACAUUCUCAAAACCCCAAUUUUCCGGCAUCUCGGUGGCCGAAAAAUCAACAGAACCACCGCGGUGAGCACUCUUUUUCCCGAGAAACCCAUCAACAAUUCCCUUUAAAUGUAAACUUUCAAACCUCUGAUCAAGCAAUUGAGUCAGCCUUUUCCAGACUAAUCCUUUCCCAAGAUUUUCAAUCCCAACAUGAAACGUCUUCGUCCAUUAAUCUUCCUCUCAGGCUUGAUGGCUUGGAAGCCACAAAAUCAGACCGCUUUUCAGUGGGUUUUGGUGAAAAGCAAGAGAACAUUGGGGAGUUGCAGCAGGCUUUAUUUCGGGGUCAGGCUCAAAAUAAUGAUGGUGGUGUCAAUGGGCCUUUCAGUUUGGAAAUCCAACCGAAUAUCAACGUGGGACCGGAGAUUAUGGGUUUUGGUAAAAGCAGAUAUCUUGAUGGAGUUGGAGGUGAUCCUCUGAGAUCGAUGAAAUAUCAAGGAAAUGUUGUUUGUGAUACUUUCAGUAAUAAUCAUGAGUAUUCUAUCUUGCAUGGCAAGAAAACCUUUUCAGGAACCAACCCCCAAUGUCCAAAUUUUCUGUCUACAAAUAACAAUUUCAAGAAUUCCAGUUCCGGGCCCAGUUUGUGUCGUAAUCUGCACUUGUACCAACAGUUGAGUAUUGAAAGCUGGAGGGGAAGAAUAGUGUCAUUGGCAAAAGAUCCAAUGUGGAGUGUGAUUUUGAUGUCCAAAUUGGAAGAGGGGUUGACACUGCCUAGCCUUGAGAUGGUUUUAUCAGAGGUGUUGGAAUUCUUGAGUGAUGUGAUAGCAAAUCAAUUUGGAAGUCAAUUUUUGCAGAAGCUUUUCAUGGUGUGCAAUGUGGAACAGAGGACUAGGAUUAUUUUCACAUUAACUACAAAUCCAUUUAAAUUCAUUAAUAUUUGUCUUCAUUCAUUUGGGGCAACAACUAUGCAAAAACUGUUGGAGAAGCUGGAUACACCACAACAAAUAUCACUCAUAGUUUGGUCUGAUGUUUCUUGGCAACUCCAGAGCAGCUUGUUAAACAUGGCUGCUCUUUGUCAUGUAUUUCCUUAUCAUCACGGUUCAGUCAGCUAUCUAACAUUGGAUUCCAAUUGGCAGAUUCUUCUCAAUGAAAUAGGAAACAACUGCUUUGUAAUUGCAACCAACAAAAGUGGGUGUUGUGUGAUGCAAUCAUGUGUGGAACGCUGUUAUGGGGAACUGAGAGUAUGGAUAAUACGUAAUAUAGUAGCUAAUGCAUUGCAUCUAGCCGAGGAUCCUUAUGGGAACUAUGUGGUGCAACACCUGCUUGGAAUGAAAAUUCCUGAAGUCACGACUGAUCUUGUGAGACAGUUUGAAGGGAAUUUCGUGUCUCUCUCCUUCAAUAAGUAUGCGAGUAAUGUUGUGGAAAAAUUUUUGGAAACUUCAGGAGAAAAACAUUCCAGAAGAAUCAUCAUUGAGCUGAUUACGAGUCCAAAUUUCUGUAUGCUUCUUGUGGAUCCUUUCGGAAACUUUGUUAUUCAGUCAGCACUGUCAGAAGCCAAGGGGCGUGUUCGUGAUGCUCUGCUGAAUGUAAUCCGAGCUUAUAUUCCAUCCAUCCAAAGCAAUCUGUAUGGGAAAAAGAUCCUUACUUGCCUUGAAAAGAAGAAGCUCUCGCUUGUGUAG